AACUUGUUGCAUAAGCAUACUAUUUUGAUAAAGAAAUGACCAUGAUUACAGCUAUCGUUUUAUUGUUGCAAAUACGUAUUUUGUAACUUUCCUAUCUUACGUAAUUCUACUGGGUAAAAUUGGUAAUGUAAGCCAUUAUACGUUAGUGUAUAUCAUCUGAUGUUUACUAAAAUUUCUUUGUCUACAACUGUUAAAGUGUUACUUUCUCUACCCACAUUAAGAAAUAAACGAAGUUAUUCUAUUAUGACAAGCAAAUUUGAUCUCCCUGAUCGCUUUAGGGGCAAUGAUAAAUCAGUAUGGGUGGAAUAUAUUCAGUUGGCUUCAAAAUAUAAGCCCCUAAAUUUAGGACAAGGAUUUCCAGAUUUUUAUGCUCCAGAAAAUAUAACUAAAGCUUUGGCUGCUGCAACUACAAGUGACAAUCCUCUAUUAAAUCAAUACACCAGAGGAUUUGGUCACCCACGUUUAGUAAAUGUUAUUGCAAAAUUGUAUUCAAAGCUCUUAAACCGUACUUUAGAUCCAAAUAAGGAAGUUCUUGUAACUUCUGGUGCUUAUGAAGCAUUAUAUGCUACGUUACAAGGUCACACAAACCCUGGUGAUGAGUGGAUAAUUAUUGAACCUUUCUUUGAUUGUUAUGUACCUAUGGUUAGAUCUGCUGGAGGAAUUCCAAAGUUUAUUCCCUUAAAACCAAAAAGCACAAAGGGAUCUCUUUCUUCUGCAGAUUGGAUAUUUGACAGACAAGAAUUAGAGAAUCUUUUUAAUGAAAAAACAAAAGGAAUAAUCAUUAACACUCCACAUAAUCCUGUGGGAAAGGUUUUCACUCUAGAUGAAUUACAGUUUAUUGCUAAUUUGGCUAAAAAGUGGAACACCCUUGUUGUGUCAGAUGAAGUAUAUGAAUGGCUUGUUUAUGAGCCACAUAAACAUGUUAGAAUUGCAACAUUACCUGAUAUGUACGAACGUACGAUUACCAUUGGAUCUGCUGGUAAAACAUUCAGUGUUACUGGGUGGAAAAUAGGAUGGGCCUAUGGUCCGGAAAAUUUACUAUAUAACUUAGAAGUUAUUCAUCAAAAUAGUGUAUAUACGUGUAACACACCAAGUCAAGAGGCUGUGGCUAUUGGAUUCGAACAAGAAUUAGAAAGAUUUGGUCAACCUGACUGUUAUUUUGUGAGUUUAGCUAAGGAGUUGCUACCGAAACGAAAUUAUAUGGCUAAAUUUCUUAACGAUGUGGGAAUGAUUCCAACAAUUCCUGAAGGAGGAUACUUUAUGGUAGCUAAUUGGUCAGCUUUAAAGGAUAAAGUACGAUUAGAAGAAGAAACGGAUGAGAAUAAGGAUUAUCGUUUCACAAAAUGGAUGACGAAAAAUGUUGGAAUUCAAGGAAUUCCCCCAUCUGUAUUUUAUAGUCCUGAACAUAAACACUUAGGGGAAGAUAAUGUAAGAUAUUGCUUUAUAAAGAAAGAUGAAAAUUUGGAAAAAGCAGCUGAUAUUUUAAUGAAGUGGAAAGAUCAGCAAUAGGAAAGAUUAGCAAUACUAUUCCAUACAUGUAUUUCAUACAACUAUAUUUAUCUAUAGUUAAUAAUUUUGGGAUAAAAAAUCUAGCAUUUCUUAGUAUUAGUAGCAUUUUUUAGUAUUAAACAUUUAUUAUGUAUAAGACUGUUUUCUUGUAUUUUAUAUUUUAUGCAGAGAAAUCACCACGGAGCCAUCUUUUCGCAUCUUUAGUGUCAGCUCCGAAAGUUUUGCCGAAUCUAAAUGGAAUAUUUAAUAUCUAAAUAGAAUUUUUAGGUAUACAUACAUAUACAUGUGUAUAAUGUAUAAAGAUCAAUUUUUUAUAUUUUCCAUAUUUUUCGGAAUAUUUGUGAUGAGAAAUUAAAAUAAGAACCAUAAAAUAGCAAUAAUAGCAUAAUAAAGUAGAAAUGAUUACCUAAAUGUUUCUCCAGGAACAUGUCCAAGAUAAUUUGGAAGCAUACCAACAUGUUUGUGGUAAAUAAUAGUGGGUUGAAUUAAUAGAGGUGGAUCAGGUCGUGAAAUUGUUACUGGUGCCCAUUCUGUACUUUGCCGUUUUCGGUAAUCAGAUGUAAAAUCGCAAAGGGCGCUGUUAGUAGCCGGAACGUUUGUUUUUCCAAAAUGCGCAUAUCCGUAUGGUAUAUGACCCCCGUAUCCUGCAAAAAUGCAAUUAAAUGUUUGAAAUUUUAUAUUACAAGGAAAACUAAUUAAUAUUUAUCUUUCUAACUUUAACACUCACUUCUUGCAUUUUCUCGAAUGAAAGAAUAUCGCAUUCGUUUUUCACUAUCCGUAAGAUCCAUCUGUACUACUAUUUAUUAUUAAUAUUAUUUUACAAAUGAUAUCGCGUAUUUGUUAUAUAUCUGUUCGUUAAUUCAUUUUAUUAACAGGUCGAAUUUAUGGAAGUCAUUAAAGGUUAAAGAUUUCGUGAAACAGUUGAAUCAUACGGAACGAUGCUUAUGUAAGUUUUAUACUACAUAUAGAAUCAUUCGAAGACAAGUUCAAGCUAUUAAUAAUGUGACAAGAUGGACUCACGACUGAUAAAGUAUUUUUGCGGAUUUGCAUUGUCCAUAAAGUAAGGUGAUGGAGAGUGAUCGCUGGGUGUUUCGUGUUGUUCGUCCAAAAAUAAAUUUCUCGUUAUACCCGCGCAAUCAGGUCGAACUGUUAGCAUAGGCAGUUUGAACUCACUUUUUAUGAGCUAUAUAAGAAAUUUAGAUAUGAUUUCAUUAUUCCUAUCCUUCCCUUAUUCCUUUAUUUCCUUAUUCCCUUAUUUUAGCUAAAAAGAAAGAGAUAGUAUAGGUACUUUACCAAACGAUCUUCUAAAUUUCUUGGUUCACCCUGUCCAGCUUGUAUAUCUAUAAUCCGUUUAAGUUCAUUAAGAGCCGCUCUAUUUCUUAAUUGUUGUCGUUCAAAAUCAGCAAGUCCUUCUGUAGCCAACACCGUGUAUCUUUGUCCAUUUCUGGCUUUUAAUUUUGGAGUAAAUCCUAAAAUAAAACAUUUACAUUGCCAUUAAACUGGUACAUUUACUCUUUUCUUUAAUGUUUAUUUUUAUUCCAUACAUGUACCUUCGUAACUUGGUGUUAUAGGAUGAAUAAAUAUAGGGUCGGUCCUUUUGUAUCUAGCAUUUACUACGUCUAUGUCAUUUUUCGGUGGCCUCUGGACCUACAGUUGAUUAUAAAUAAUUAUAAAUGAUAUAUUGUUUUAAUUAAUUUAAACUUAUAAACAGCAUUGAUUAAAGUAAUAGGAACAAGGAAUAUAAUACCUCGUAAUCGUCGGGGAUACGGUUCGAUAAAAUGAGGGUCUCCGCAUGAUUCACUGUAGGAUCAAGAAGCACUUUGUGCGUAAGACUUCCAUACGUUUCACCACAUCUGUAGCGAUAUUGAGGACAGUAUCCGGCAUAUCUAAAACGGACCUUUAUGAAUGUAGGAGAGGUAUCAAUGAAUAUAAAAGUUAAAGGGUAAUAAUAUUUGAAAUAUUUCUUACUGUACUGUAUUAUUUAGGAAAUGUAUAUGUUACACUUUCGAACAUAAUGUAUUUAUAUUUUAUAUUUAAUACAUAAACGUUGUACUAUUUACCCUGGAAUAAGAUGUGGUUCCGCUGUGGAUAAUAAUUCUGUUCCAGCAGACAUUUUCCUGUUAUAUAUUUCCUAAUGAUACGUUAAUUUAAUUAAAUGCAUUAUCCAGACUAA